AUGUCGAAUAUCAUACCGUUUACAGAACGUCCACAUGAUUUAACCACAAAUAUUGAUGCUGAAACUCCCGAAGGAAUUGUACAAUCGUUACACAAAUGUAACUUAGAAGUGUUCGAUGGUUAUCAAGAGUACAAGACUGAAAAUAGUGCCAUUAUUAUUAGUGGCUGUGGAACAUCUGGACGAAUUGGAUUUUUAGCUACGGCUACAUUCAAUCAAUUAUGCGAAAAACAAACUAAAUCACCAAAAUAUAAAUACAUAAUUGCUGGUGGUAAUCGUGCAUUAGUGUCAUCUGUAGAAGCCACUGAAGAUAGUCCAAACGAGGGUGUUCGUACAUUGACACAAAUAGCUGAUUCGUAUGAUAAAGUACUUUUUAUUGGUAUCACAUGCGGUUUAGCGGCUCCAUUUGUCGCUGGACAAUUAGAUUAUUGUAUGAAAAUGAAAGAAAAAUUCACACCAGUUCUUAUUGGUUUCAAUCAUGUAGAAAUGGCAAGAAAAAUUCGUGUCACCGAGUGGGAAAAAACGUUUUAUGACGUGGCUAUAGAAUUACAAGAAGCUGAAACACGCUCUGAAGAACCAAUAGCUGGUUCAUCAAGAAUGAAAAGUGGCACAGCAACGAAGAUUAUAUUAGAUAUUGCAUUUAUAACGGCACAUGCUUCACUUGAAAAUCGUCACUUAAAACCGUCAAAGUUAAUCGCAGAUCUAAGAAAUGUAGUUAACAAAAUGCAUGAAAAUUCAACAAACUUGGCUAAUACUGUUCGACGUGCUGGAGAAAGUUAUUCGAAAGACAGUUAUUUCAAAGACAAUUUAAAUCCAGAGGACAAUACGAAUGAAAAUGUUCAAUUGAUUGAUUUCAAGUUGAAUACAAUAGUUGAAAACGUCAGUGUAUUGGAUAAGACAAUUCAAAAAUGUUUUGCGGAAACGAUAUUAAAAUUAGCAUUGAACACAAUAUCAACGGGAGCAUAUAUAUUGAAGGGAAAAGUAUAUCAAAAUAUUAUGAUUGAUCUCAAAGUUAGUAAUAUCAAAUUGUUUUACAGAGCAGUUGAGAUUAUUAAAAAUUUAGCUCAAGUUGAUACGUCGACAGCAACUAAAUGUUUAAUUAGUUCAAUACACGGACUUGACGAUUUAAACAAAGAUGAAUGGUUAAAUAAGCCAGUUGUACCCAUUGCAUUACUAAUGGCAUUGACGAGUCGAACCUAUUCAGAUGCAAAACAAGAAAUAGAUAAAUGUCCGAAAAUUAGAAAUAUUUGUGUCAAAAAAUAA